CAAAAACUUUCCUGUACAGAGCUGCCAGCAGAAGUAUUCCAGUUUGUAGAAAUGGUCUUCAAUUUUAAAGAAAUGCCCACUUUAAUGAAUCACAUGGUAUAAACAUGUAUGUUAUCCUCUAGGUCCAUACACACACAUAAUAUUGGCAAGCAGUGCUCCAAAGUGCUUAUCCUGGGAACUUGCAAUCUAAGUUGGUUACUCCUGACCAAAGUUCCCGUUUCCCAAAAGGACAGAAGGGGGAGCAGAGGAGCAAAUGGAUGGGUUUGAAGGCUCUUUCCAUCAGCCGCCUCUCUCCCCUGAGCAACAAGAGAAAAGGGUGUUUGCAGGGCAGGAGGACAGAGGAGGAGGCAGUGAGGGCAGAGGGAGAAGUGGGUAGAUCCACCUCCUCUCCCAGGGGGUUCAGAUGCAAGCAAGGGGCUUCCUCCUUCUCCUUGCAAGGGCCACCCAUGUAUUCAGAGCAGUCCAUUGCAGAUUAACUCUUAAGUUCCAAGGGAUCUACUCUCAGGCCACUAAUGUGCAUACCAUGCCAGCCUUUGAAGGGAGGUGGGACAGGCAGGUGAAAGGAAUGGCCAAAGGUGUUUGAAAAUGGGUGGAGGCUAUUGGGAAGGGGUCUUUUUGUAUGCAAAAAUGGCAGCGAGGAUGCUGAUUGCCAAGGAAUAGAAAGGAGAUAAAAUUCCAUCAAAAGAGGAGUGGCUUCUUCCUCCCUCCCAGGAAGCUGCAACUUGCUCUGAUUUCUGCCCUCCUCAGGAAGCUGAACCUGCAAACCUAGCUGAGACAGAACCUGAAAACCUGGCCAGGAUGGAAGGAGGAGGAUGGACGGGUGACCUGGUCAGGCUGUCUCCUGCAUCCCUCCCCAUAACCUCUGAGCAUUCCCUCCCAGGACCCUGGGAGAAAUCUGCUUGCUCUGGCUUCUGGGCUCCUCAGGAAGCUGAACCUGAAAACCUAGCUGAGACGGAACCUGCAAACCUGGCCAGGAUGGAAGGAGGAAGAUCAACAGUUGACCUGGUCAGGCUGUCUCCUGCAUCCCUCCCCACAACCUCUGAACAUUGCCUGCCAGGACCCUCGGAGAAAUCUGACUCCCAAACAGGUGAGGAAGAUGAUGGCCAGAAUUCUAUGGAGCCGUCUGUGAAUUCAUUGGGAAGAACAAAGGAAAAGUUUAAAUGCAUGGAAUGUGGGGUGUGCUUUAGUCACAGUGGAACACUUAGAAGACACCAACAAACUCACACAGGGGAGAAACCAUUUGGAUGUAUUGAAUGUGGAAAGAGCUUCACUCAAUAUGAAUACCUUAGAAUACAUCAACGAACUCACACAGGGGAGAAACCAUUUGAAUGUUUUGAAUGUGGAAAGAGCUUCAGCAAUAGUGGAGCACUUAGAAUACACCAACGAAUUCACAUGGGGGAGAAACCAUUUAAAUGCAUUGAAUGUGGAAAGAGCUUCAGCAAUAGUGGAGCACUUAGAAUACACCAACGAAUUCACACAGGGGAGAAACCAUUUGAAUGUAUUGAUUGUGGAAAGAGCUUCAGCAAUAGUGAAGCACUUAGAAUACAUCAACGAACUCACACGGGGGAGAAACCAUUUAACUGUAUUGAAUGUGGAAAGAGCUUCAGUGGAAGUAGAGUACUUAGAAGACAUCAGCGAACUCACACAGGGGAGAAACCAUUUAAAUGUAUUGAAUGUGGAAAGAGCUUCCGUGUAAGUGGAGUACUUAGAAUACAUCAACGAACUCACACGGGGGAGAAACCAUUUGAAUGUAUUGAAUGUGGAAAGAGCUUCCGUGGAAGUGAAUUACUUAGAAGACAUCAACUAACUCACACAGGGGAGAAACCAUUUAAAUGUAUUGAAUGUGGAAAGAGCUUCAGUGGAAGUAAAACAUUUAGGAUACAUCAGCGAACUCACACAGGGGAGAAACCAUUUGAAUGUAUUGAAUGUGGAAAGAGCUUCAGUGAAAGUGGAACACUUAGAAGACAUCAACGAACUCACACAGGGGAGAAACCAUUUGAAUGUAUUGAAUGUGGAAAGAGCUUCCGUGUAAGUGGAACACUUAGAAUACAUCAGCGAACUCACACAGGGGAGAAACCAUUUGAAUGUAUUGAAUGUGGAAAGAGCUUCAGCAAUAGUGGAGCACUGAGAAUACACCAGCGAACACACACAGGGGAGAAACCAUAUGAAUGUAUUGAAUGUGGGAUGAGGUUCAGUGAAAGUAAAACACUUAGAUCACACCACCAAACUCACACGGGGGAGAAACCAUUUAAAUGUAUUGAAUGUGGAAAGAGCUUCAGUAGAAGUGGACACCUUAGAAUGCAUCAGCGAACUCACACAGGGGAGAAACCAUUUAAAUGUAUUGUAUGUGGAAAGAGCUUCAAUGGAAGUGGAAACCUUAGAAUGCAUCAACGAACUCACACGGGGGAGAAACCAUUUAAAUGUAUUGAAUGUGGAAAGAGCUUCAGUGGAAGUGGAAAACUUAGAAGACAUCAGCAAACUCACACAGGGGAGAAACCAUUUAAAUGUACUGAAUGUGGAAGGAGCUUCAACAGGAACGAUAAACUUACAUUACAUUGGCGAACUCACACAGGGGGGAAGCUUUAGUCCAGGGGUCCCCAGACUACGGCCCGGGGGCCGGAUGCGGCCCAAUUGGCCUGCCAAUCCGGCCUGCGAUGACCCCCGCCGCCCGCCACCGCCGCCCUCUGGCAGACUGCAGCGAAUAGCCUUUAGCAAUUCUCAAGCUUGUGGAACGACAACACAAACAGACUCUCCCCCUUCAUGUUGUUGAACAAAGGAUCACUUUCUCCCUGGGGUUUAAAUAGACAGGGCUGCAGAUGGUUCUUUUGCUGUACAUCAAACUGCAAAAAUAAGAGAUUUAAUAGAAGUGCUAAAUUUGGAGAACGCGAAAGGAAAAGAAACCCCAUUAACAUGCGGAUUCACUUUUACUGAUGAGGAUACACCUUUUCAUGACAAAACACUUUACCAGUCGAUAUUAGGAAAGCUGAACUUUAUUCAGCACGUGUCCAGACCAGACAUAUCUUUCAGUUUUAAUUUUCUUUCCACAUUUGUGGAGAAUCCAACCAAGCAGUGUUUUCGAGCGUUAAAAAAAGUGGUGCUUUAUCUUAAACACACACUGCAUUACAGAUUACAUUUUAAGGCGCAUAAUGAUACAGGGUUUGAUAUUUUUUGUGACGCAUCUCAUGCAUCUGAACAUUUCAAAUAUAAAGGUGUGUCCGGUUUUGUUUACAGAUACAAUGAAUGUCCAUUUGAAUGGACAACGUGCAGACAGCACAUAAUUUGUCUGUCAACCACAGAAAGUGAACUUUGUGCAUGUUCUGAAGCCAUCAGAGACAUUGAAUGGUUUUUGCAGUUGUUUGCAGACUUAAAAAUAAAAGUAAAAUUACCAAUACCCAUGCAAAUUGAUUCCCAAAGUGGAAUAGCCAUUUUGACAUCAGAAGGCAAUACCCAACGUACCAGAACGUUAUGGUUACGUUUGGAGUUUGCAAAACAAAUGAUUAAUGAAAAAAUGAUUACUUUUGAAUAUGUAGCUGGACUAGAGCAAAUAGCAGAUAUUUUCACAAAAGCUUUGCCAACAGCUACGCAUCUUAAACAUACACAGAAGAUGCUGAAUGUUACUGCUAUGCAUCAUUGACCAGCAGGGGGUUGUUAGGUUUUUCCUUUAAGACUACACAGUGGGGCUACACAGAGAUGUGUGUUUGUAACCUUGUUCUGAAUGUUAACACACCUGUGAGCUUUUGCUAAUUUGAAUAAUUGAAGGUAAAGUUUGCUCACUAUAAUGUGAUUGGGUAAUUGACUAUUUUGAAUUCUGUAUUUAAGCUACCCAAAUGGUUCAUGGGUGUGGUGGUGGUGUAUUGUGAGAUAUAGAGGAAUGGAGUAGAGGAGUGUGUUGUAUAUAAUUGUAAAUAAAAGCAAGCAAAGAUACUGAAGAUGACUUUGUUAUUUCGUCGACCCUGCCGCUGUUGCCACUCGGUUGGUGCGUCUUGACCAACAAUAUAUUCAUGG